CUAAUCUGUGAUAACGUCGAAAUGGAAAACCAGUUUUGUCCUCUGUUCAAAACGGCUCAUUAAUAAAAUAAAACGAAACGUCACGCCUUUAAAUGGAGAGAAUUGAAUUGAAUUAAAUUGCAUUCAGGCUGAACGUGAAUCCGUGACCUUGUCAAGACUCAGCUAAUAGUAUUGUUAUUUGUCACGCCCGGUGCUUUUUCAGUUGUUCUGUUUACAUGCAAGACGAGCAGGAUCGCGGUACAGUGUCAGCCAAAACAGAAAUAGAAUACAAGUCAUAUACAGGAGCGCGAAGGCUUCGCAAAAUGAAUCUUGACCUUAUAUUUUGUGUUAAAUCAACCUACGCUGAUUAAUAAAGAGACUCCUACGCGGCCUGACGACAGAUUCUACGACACAAUAAGAUUCAAUACUAUCGAAAAGUUUAAAUAUAAUCAUACUUAAAAGUUAUCUAAGCGAAAGUAGUGGUAAUCGAAUUAACGUUUGAUUUUAAUAUGAAAAUCACCUAAAUCCCCAGAUGUCUUUGCUUGUCGAAUUUGCAGUCAAUUGAAUGAUCAUUGUUUGUUAUAUGGCAUUAUUAAAUUUCAUUUGAAUAUUUACAUAAGUAAGCAGUGCAAUAUGUAUUACAUUAUAUCUUAAAAGUUUAUCAAACUGAAGAAAUCACCCGUGCUACUCUGUCAUAAGACGAGAAUGGAUGAGAGUGAUGUUAUUGUAUCGUCCACUGAAAUUAUAAAAGAUAGAUUGUAUUUCGCAACGCUAAAAACGGGCUACAAACCGAAACCCACGCGGAACAGCAAAUACUUCCACAUCGAAGAUGAGAUCGUUUACGAGAACUUCUAUUUCGACUUCGGCCCGUACCACCUGUGCCACCUGUACCAGUUCUGCAAGAAACUCAACGAGGAGUUGGACAGGAAUCCGAAGAAGAAAAUAGUUUACUAUACGAGCAACAAUGAGAAUUUAAGGUUGAACGCAGCGUAUCUUAUUGGCAGCUAUCAGGUAAUAUAUCUAAAGUCAAGUCCGGCAGCUGUGUACAAGCAGCUGACCGACGGCUCGGAGUGGUCGCUGUUGAAUUUCCGGGACGCGUCCGGAGGCCCGCCGCUGUUCGAUAUAUCGCUGCUGGACGUCCUACAGGGCAUCAAGGUGGCGCACGAAGCCGGCUUCUUCGACUUCGAGCACUUCGAUGCCGAACAGUAUUUGUUUUACGAGAAAGUUGAAAACGGCGAUCUCAACUGGAUCGUUCCGGGUAAGAUGUUGGCGUUCUCCGGGCCGCACCACCGGUCUCGGCUUGACCGCGGCUACCCCCUGCACAGUCCCGAACAUUAUCACGACUACUUCCGUACUCAUAAUGUGACCACGAUCGUCCGUCUGAACAAGAAGUCGUACGACGCCCGCCAGUUCACGUCGCACGGCUUCGAGCACAGGGAGCUGUUCUUCGUCGACGGCUCGGUGCCCUCGGACCUCAUCGUGAACCGCUUCAUUCGUAUCGCGGAGGCUGCUAAGGGCGCGGUCGCGGUGCACUGUAAAGCCGGGCUGGGCCGCACGGGCACGCUCAUCGCCUGCUACAUGAUGCGGCAGCACGGCUUCACGGCGCGCGAGGCCAUCGCGUGGCUGCGCGUGUGCCGCCCGGGCUCCGUCAUCGGACACCAGCAGUGGUUCCUCGAGAAUAUCCAGUCGCGGAUGCACGCAGAAGGGGAAGCUUACCGUCGGCGGCACAACGUCACGGCGCCGCCCGUCUACACCCGGGGGAUAUACAGCGACCUGCCCCGCGACCAGACUGUGCUCGACAACCACAAACCAGUAUCCCUCAACAGCAUACUGCAGAACAACCGGGACGCUAACAAGUUGGACAACGGUAACAUCAUAAACACAACGGAAACCGAUUCCGAGAACAACGUGACCACGGUCAUCGGCAAAUACAAGACCACACCGACGCCGAUGUUGCCAGCGAAGAACGUCUUCGCGCCCAAACUCAACUACAUGCUGCCGACGAACAACGUCCGCAACGCCAACAACACGAACCUGAAGCAGCCGACCAGGAUGAACACGAACCUGAAGAGUUACGUGUCGAAGACGUCCACGUUCCCGCCGACCAGGAGCUCCAACCCGCAGGUCAAGCUCGCGUCUGCUGCCAAGCCGUUCGCGAGCAAGAACAGCUUCCACGGGCAGCGGGCCAACCUAGCGCGACCCGUCAUGGCGUACGGACACGCCAGCAGCCCGCUCAAAACGUUCACCAGAAAAACGGGGAGCGUCGGCAAAAUCACGAGCGACGCGACGUCGGGCAACACCGUCAGCAACGUGAACUCGACCCUAUCCGCCUUGACGGAGAACUGCCAUUUGAAUGGCCAAAAACGUUUACCAUCCGAGCCUAAUCUGAAAAACGUCUCGCAAAAUAAAUCCAUAACUAAUAACAUACCGAGGAAGAAGUUGAUUAUCCGCUCCAACUCUAGUUCAAGGAAGAAACUGCCCAAGGGCAAUAAUCUAAAAGGGUUGGAGCCAGCGCACGAUUUGUCGUCCAGUGAUACCAGCGUCACGAACAUAGCGGCGGGUCCGCUCGACACGCCGUUCAGGUUUCGACGGAAAAGGGACAAAUCCAACAGCCCCGAGCCGAUGGACUGUCUCUCCAACUCUAUUAUAACUGCUGACGUCACGUCCGACAACGUCGAGGAGUCCAGCGACUCCCAAGGCAACAAGCUCUACAAAAUAAAGGCGCUCCGGAAGAAAUGCCCGGCUUUCGGAGUGAGCUUGCUCAAGAAAGACGGCAUACAGACCAGGUCGAGCAGUUGUGCCAGUACUGCGGUUAAGAAAAAAUGAUUGAAGUGAAUUCGUCAUUAGGUAAGUUGUUCGCACUGUACACACAGAUUUAUAAUGUGCAUAGCGCAUCUAAUAUAUUCGCGUUGUAACAGAAGUCAUAUCAAUGUAAAAAGACAUGUCCGAGCAAAUUUGAGACUAAUUCUUAUAGAAAGAGAGUGUUAAACGCUGUUAUUCGUGAAUCCCACUUGGAAACGACCUCAAAUGUAAGUAAUCUCAUUAGUGUAAUGUAUUGAGGUGUGCUGCGAUUUUUAGAGUAUUAUAUACUGUAGUCUAGAUCUCAUCAACAACAAUCGAUUUAUUGUUAAAUUGGAGUUCAUUUAUUCAACAAAAUAAUAUACUUUUUUUGUAUAUUUAUUAUGAUUUCGUGUAAUAUAAACAUUUUGGAAAUAGUACAUAGUAGAUAUGUAUAUGUAUACAUGUAUCCUAAAACAUCGUAGCAUCCUCGACACGUAAGUCCAAAGUGAAUGAAUGUAUACUGAAUGGUACUAAAUGCUUGUUAAAUUUUCUUCCGUAUUCCCAAAUGGUCCUAUACUUUUUCUAAUUUAGAAUAUCAGUGGUGCAUAAAUAUAAAAUAACACUACUUUUGUUUAAAUAUCUAGUACAAUAGUUGAGAAUUUUUAAAACUGAAGUUGUUUUUCGUUUAUCAUUUGUAGUAUGACGUCACUAUAUAAUUGCGUGCAACGGACGGAGUUGAGCUAUAUUAUGACGUCAUAGUAGUCGGCGCACUAAAACUAUAUUGUUAUAAAUCACAAUUUGUUGAUAUCCUUCAUUAAAAUGUUAAUUUAUUGACACUGACAUUGUCGGAAAUUUUUGCAUAAAUGGGUCUGAAUUCAACAUGAAUUUGUAAUCAAUGAAAUGCCCUUUUUUAAUAGAAUACGUAUCCAGAACGAUUGAUAUACGUUGUUCUGGAGAAUAAAGUCGGAUCAACUUUUAUUUGAAAUCUUUUGCUUGAUAUUCUAAACUGCAUACUGUCAAUUUAGAUUAAUUAUUGAAAGAAAACUCACACGAAAUAAUGAUAAAUUAUACAAACCAAACAAGCAUGUAAUUUUUAAAAUGUCUUAAAAAUUCCUUUUCCAAUUGAAUAUUUACUUUUAAGGCUCAUUAAAUACUAACUAUAAUAAUAUAAGAGAAUCAAAAAAUAUAUUUAGUAAGUGUUAAAUUUUAGAACAACACAAAUAACAAACUUAAAUUUAAUACUUACUAAGUAUUUUAUUUAAUUCACAUGAAACCACGAUCAAACAUUUCCGCUGUAAAUUAUUACAAAUAAAUUAAAAUUAAAUGUAGAAGUUAAUUCCUAAAAUUGAACGAGUUACUAAACGAUUAUCGGGUUUAAGAAUAAUAAUAAUAAUAAUAAUAACUAUAUAUUUUUGUAGAACUUAAUUGUAAGUGAUAAAAAUCGAUUGCCAUUUUGUUUUAUUUUUAUUAAGGAAUGUUUUAUCUGUUGAUAUUCUGUUGUAACAUAGAUUAUAAAUUGGUUAAUCUAAUUUUUGGAUGUUAAUUAUUUACUUUGCAAUACCCGUAUACAUAAUUAGAUGCUUUAUUUUUCAUAACAAGUGUAAUAGUUUUUUGAACUAAAAUAGUGCAAUGAACUUUAUGAAACAAAAUUAUAAUAUAUUAAGUUUUCUUAAAAUCAUUUAUGUCACAAAUGCAAUAACACCACUAUUGUGGGGACUUGAAAACUGUUCUUUUUAUAUAUUAAAUAUUUACAAACUAUAAAUGCCAGUUGUAGUAUAUUGUACUGUCUAUAUAUAUACCUUGUGAUGUUGAUUGGCUUGUCACGCUUCAAGCCAUAUACAUAGUGUUGCUUUAUUUACAUUCAUUUUUGCGUUGUGUUUAAAUGUUAUCAAAUAGGUAGUACUACAUAUUUAUAAUGUUCUUUAAAUUUGAUAGAGCAAAUAUACUUCUAUUGUUAAAAUACGCAAUUUUUAUUUGUAGAAUACUUUUCGCGGAAGACUAUGUAAGGUCUAUGGUCGGUAAUUCUUAAUGAAAAAUAUUGAACAAAUAUUAUCUUAUGUUUCUUUCUAAAAUUUACGAGUUUUCUAUGUUUUAUACCUUAAAUGCGUCUAAAUGCUAUACUAAUAGUUCCUUUAUGUUCUAUUGACUUUUAAAAUAUAUGUAUUUACAUAGUUUAUUAAAAUCGAUAUCAACUUUUGUAAAUAAUAUAUAAAUAUACAUUACGCUAUCCUGCUCUAGCUUGACUUGUAUUCUUAAAGCGUGAGUGGGAUAGUUUGAAUUAUGACUAGACUUAAGUUAUCGGUUUUAUUACGUGCAAUGUAUAAGGAGACUAUCGGACUACUGUAAUGGAAAAAUAAUUUUAAAUUCUGAAAAAAGCUUUAGAAAUUCAUACGUGUUGUUUAUGGAAACUGUUUACAUUUUUUCUGUUAUGCUCUCAUUUAAAAGCGAGUACUCAUUGGUUCAGUGUUAGAUUUUACUAAUGUAAUAAUUAAUGCAUAUUUGCGAUGCCCUGUGAUGUAUUUUGUCUGAAUGUUUGUCUAAAUGAAGUUUCUGAAGUCUUUAUUUUCAUAAACUUGUUUAUUAAAUGCAAUAUAUUGAUUUGUACAGAAUUCACAGCUACGAUAAAAGAAUAAUCGCGGUUAAAAGCGUCCACGUCGGUUACCGGUCAUACUCGGAAAUUGUGUUUUUUUUUAAAGGUUGGUGAGGCGAGGUAGAGGCUUUUCCAGUUUCACCAGGACAGGUGGGCGAGCAAAGGCUCAGCCAGGAGGGGUGGGAUUUGCUAACAGCUACCCGAGCGCCUCCGAAGGAGACCUAACGUUUCAAGAGCAGCCGCUUCGCGAAUGAAUCUACUACCGGAUCGAAAUCGCGACCCGGCGAGAAACUCUGAUAUAUGAGUUAGGUCUAUCAGAGCAGUAGCUUCACGAAACUUUUAUAUACGUUUAAAUGAGUUUAAGGCGAAAAAUAUUUGACUACCCCAUUUGCUUUGAACAUUAAUUACAAAAUUCCUAGUCUGUUAGUACUGCACUGAGUGUGUUUUAAUCAACUUAGUUACUCGCCGAUCCUUGGGUUGCGAUUUAGACCCGGUGGUAGAUUCAGCUAUGCACUGCUCUUGUUGUACUAGCGUUAGCAUGUUCUCUCGGACUGAGCCCCGUGAGCUCACCUACCAAACCCGCGCAACUGUCAUUGCCCCUCAAGGGAGCCGGUGAUCAGGUAGUUAUAAAAAUGUGGCUAACGAUUCCGCCUGGUGGCUGCCGCUAUACCUGAUCAUGGUUUUUUUUUAUUGCUUCAUGGGUGGACGAACACACGGCCCACCUGUUGUUAAGAGUUUAGAGCCCACAGACAUCAACAACAUAAAUGUCGCCACCCGACUUGAGACAUGAGUUGUAAGUCUCGGUUUUAUAGUACAACGGCUGCCCUUCAAACCGUAACGUAAUACUGCUUCACGGCAGAAGUAGGUAGGGUGGUGGUACCUACUCGUGCAGGCUCAACAUGGCCAAGCAACCACCACCACCACCACCAGAUCAUACUUUGAUGUUCACUAAUUGGCAAAAUGUUUGAAUUUUAAUCUAUACAUAUAAAUAAAAUUGGAGUAUCUGUUUGUAAUAUUGAAAUAGCUUCUUUUUACUACAUGCAUAUGAAUAUAUAUAGGUACGGUACAUACACCAAAAUAACAUUUUUUACAAUUUUUGUUUCUCUGUCUGUCUGUGUUUGUUCCGGCUAAUCUCUAGAACGGCUGGAUCGAUUUUUACGAGACUUUCACUGAUAGGUAGCUGAUGAUGUAUGGAGUAACUUAGCCUACUUUUUUUAGACUAGCUUCGCCCCGCGGCGUCACCCGCGGCACGAAAAUAACUGCGGGUAGCAUCGCGGGACUCAGCUAUCGAUAAUAAAAUUAAAUGCUUCCGAAGCGAAGCGAGGGCGGGUCGCUAGUUUAAAUAAAAAUGCAGUACGUUAGUGUCAAGUUUUUCUUUUAGUACACGAAUCUUAUACGAAAAAUCUCAAUAUAUAUUUAUUUUUAAAUCGUCACGAAAAAAAAACUUCGCAUGAAUCUAAUUAUCCCAUCUGUUAAGUUUUAUCAUGUAUAUGUUAUUUGCUGAAAACUAAAUAACUCGGCCGACUUGGUUGAUUGAAUGAUUCCUAAUUUGAAGAAUGAUUCUAGCGGCUUCCACGUUUGCAACUCUUUACAAAUUCUCCAAUGACUUUAAAAACAUAACUAUUAAAUUUAUAUUAUUAUUGAACUAUAUAAUAUAUGAAAUUAAAUUCACUGCUUUUUUAACUAUUUAUACUGAUUAACUUAAAAUUGUUGUUUGGAUAUUUUUUAAUUUAUUAUUACUACAAUUGAAAUUGUCUUCACAUUAAUUUAGUUUUGUUAUACUCCUUCCCAGUCCGAUAAUAAAUCGAACUUAUUCUUAUCAAGCAUGUCGAGGGGUGAAAUACUAUCUUACCUUAUACCUUUAAAUGAGCAAUUCUUGUAUACUAAUACAUAUAUAUAUAUAAUCUGAAUCUCUGAAACGGCUCCAACGAUUUUUAUAAAAUUUAGUAUACAGGGGAUUCCGGGGGCGAUAAAUCGAUCUAGCUACGAUUUAUUUUCAGAAAAUGUUGUUUUAUUCGUGUUUUCAAUAACCAACUUUAUUGAUAAUCAACUUUAUGACUCUUCCCGACAUCUAUUGGCAAUACUAUUUUUAUUGCUUUAAAGACACAACAAGAUGGCGUUAUAAAAAAAAAAGCCGAGCGAAGCUCGGUCACCAUCUAGUUAGGUUUAAGCGACAUUUCGUUUAAAACGCGACAUUUAUCUUAGUAAUUAAAGGUCCGUUUUAUUUGGUAUUAGCAUCAACGAUUCGACAUUUUUAAUUGAACUCCAAUUGAAUAUGCAAUUUAGAAAAGGGCACAUGUCGCAUAUUUUGUCAAAUACGUUUUUUCAUAUACAUGUAGUUUUGAGGCUUACCUACACCAAUUUUAUAAUAAUUCCAGUACGUUUCAAUUGCUAAUUAACACUAAAAUAUAUUUCAAAAGUAAAUAUUUUAAAUAUUACACUGUUUUAGAAAAUAAUCAGUUUUUUUCAUUUCCUGAAAAUUUUACAUUUUCAAAGAUGUGCCCUUUUCGAAAUUGCAUAUUCAAUUAAGUUUAUCCCAUUCAAAUAGCUGAAGAAGUUAUUUUGUUAUGAAUUUUUUUUCCAACUUUAAACUUUAAAUGGCUCUCCUGCAAAGUUGCAAAAGUUUUGCUUAAACCAAAUAGCCUAGUUAACUUAGUUUUGGUCCAAGCUUACAAACUGUCACUUAUUUUAAUGAGCUCUGAGACACUAUGUUCAAUUUACUUGAAUACUUUAAAGUAUUGUCGACGUGUAAAAUAUAGUAUAAGAUUCUUGCUAUGAAUUUUUCCGUGAAAUUCUAUAGUAAUGAGAGAUAUAUUGAUAUGUUAAUUAUUUUCGUUAAUACAUUUUUUUUAUCUAUUAUGCAAUUUAAAAAUUUGGGAUGUUCAAUAGAAGGCGUCAUUCAAUUUAUUAUGGGGGCCCUGGUGACCACUUAGUGACCCUGAGAUUCACUCAUCUAGUCUAAUAAAAACCGAAAGGCGUGUUUAACCAUUUUUUAAUCAGAAAUAAGUCCAAGAAGGGUAGGUACACAUUGUGUUUCAUGACGUCACUUCUGUUAAAAUAGGGCGUGAGAGAGAUAACAAUAUUAUUUACCAUGCAUCCACUAUUAUUUUGUUAAAUUUUAGUUGAUUCAUUUUAUUACUAAAUUAAUGGUAUUUAAAAAAAUAUAUUUUUCAAAUGAUUUUGUGCAUUAUUGUUAGGAGAAUACUAGCCCACAUCCGGCUUAUUUCUACCUCGAAAUACUCGUGAGCUCUGGAUUCAAUAUUGGGUCAGUCGCGCACUGACUUUCUCGCCGGAUCUCAGUGGGUCACGUUUCCGAUCCGGUGGUAGAUUUUGCGAAACACUGCUCUUGCUAGGGCCAGUGUAAGCAACACUCCCGCUUGAGCCCCGUGAGCUCACCUACACGUCAAGGGGAAGGCUGAGGCUAUGAUAACCCAUUUCAAAGCAGCUAGACCGAGAACUCCACGGCCCAGUUUGAAGUAGCAGUAGGUAUUUGCUGUUGAUUUAAUACUCCACAAAGAAGAUUACCACCUAAUUCACCCUGGCAUAUAUUUAAAAAAAAUGUAAAUAUUUUAAAGUACAUUAAAAAUGAAUAUAAUCAUUACUUUCUUUUUCUGCAGCCACUUCGUUAAAAAGGAUUCCAUUUAUUCGAAUUUAGGUCUUGUGUACAUUGGUAGUAAGUAGGUCUUGCAGCUGUAGUGAUAUUGAUUAUAAUUGUAAUGUAUUUAUUAUAAUGUUUCGGUGUGCGUUAAGGUAUAGUCUGUUCUGGCAUUAGUGGUGUCACGAAUCACUAUGUUCAAUUAUUCAGUUCUGUCCAGACCCACAUAUUUAUUUGACUACUAAUUUCUGAUUUUCUUUCAAGACUGUUAAUUCUUGAUUUCAUAAAAUGUAUAAAACACAUUCAUAAACACUUUGAUAUCCAAGUUCAGUUAUGAAUUAUUAUUAUUCACUUGCUUUUGAAAUGGAAUAUAGUUUUAACGACUGAAAUCACCAUCUAUUUAUACAUUGUGUUGUGUUGGAAUGUUGAGAUUAUAGUUAUGGUAGUGAGGGCGUAGGGACCAGUGUUGUAAUCAUUGAAAUAUUGGCAAUUGUUUUCAUAUUUCACAUAUAUGUAUACAGGGAUGAUUUGUAUAACUGAAAACUAAUACUUUAAUAUGAUUUCUAUGGUGAGAAUUUAAAUAUAAGAAAAUAUUAUAUGCUUCAUAAAAAUAUUUUUUAUCUACUGCAUGGAAAAACAUUUUGUUUUUGUAAAGUUGAGACAGAAUUUUUCAGUACAUUACUGGAAAUCGUAUGUUAACUUUGUAUUAAAUAAAAUAUUAUUAUGUAUGUUGUUUAAUUAAUAUUUUAAAUGAUAAACUAAUGCACUAUUGUUAAAAUGUAUCAAGUGUGUUAAAGGAGGCAUCAGUCUUCAGUGUUUACGCUUGUGCUUAAUUAAAAUAAAAACAAUACAAUUUAA